GCAGCCGCGUCCUGCCGAUCGCCGAAUCCCGGGCCCCGGCGGCGGACCAUGUUCGCUCUAGUCCGCUUCCUGGAGGACAACGUCUGCGACACGUUACCCGCCGCCCGGGUCCGGGGCUUCCAGCCCAGCUCCCCGCAGGACUUCGAUGACAGGAAGGUGUAUGCCGUGUACCGGAGCCCCGAGGAGGAGGCCGGAGCGCAGCCGGCUCACAUCUUGGCCCUGGCAGAAAACAAAACUGAUCUGGAAAAGUGCGUACUGCAGAGGAAAAUCAAAAUCCCCAAGCUGUGUCUGAACUCAACAGAAGGGUCUUGGGAGUUUAAAGAGUAUGAAGAGGAGGAGGACAGCGAGCGCCGGCAUAGCAAGAGACCAGACGGACGGAAGCACGUGGAAGGAACUCGAAAGAGCAUUGAAGCCGUCGUGGCCCGUCUUGAGAAACAGAAUGGAGUUGGACAGAGUCACAACUCGAGCUGUGAUGAGACAUUCAUGGACCCGUGUCAUGUGACGGCACACAUGGACAGAUUGGAUGAAGCUUUGGUUCCUCGAGUCCUGUAUGAGGAAUUGCUUAGGAGUUACCAGCAGCAACAAGUGGAAAUGAGACACAUACAGCAUGAGCUGGAAAGGACUCGGAGGCAGCUGGUUCAGCAGGCAAAAAAGCUGAAAGAUUAUGGGACGUUAGUGACGGAGGUAAAGGAGCUUCGGGUCCUGAACAGAAGACUCCAGGAUGUGCUACUGCUUCGACUGGGCAGUGUGUCUUCAUGGAAUUAUCGAACAAAUGGAAUCCAUGGCUCCCCUCCAGUGGCACUAGGAGCAGAAAAUACAGAUCUAGCUGGAACAAACGAAGGUUUCAUCAUUGACCUGAAGGCUGAGUCUUCAGACUUAUGUGAGACUGAGCCCGAAAUACAGAAACUGACCAAUGAAGAGGCCAAUACUUCCUCAUUCUACCCCACUCCUGCCCCAGUUCUAGAUAAAUACAUUCUAGAGAAUGGGAAGGUUCACCUGGGCAGUGGCGUGUGGGUGAAUGAGGAAAAAUGGCACCAGUUACAAGCCACACAGGGAGACUCCAAAUACACCAAGAACCUGGCAGUUAUGAUUUGGGGAACUGACGUUCUGAAGAACCGUAGUGUCACCGGCGUGGCAACAAAGAAAAAAAAGGAUGCAAGUCCUAAGCCUCCCCUCUCACCCCACAAACUGAGCGUUAUCAGAGAAUGCGUGUACGACAGAAUAGCACAAGAGACAAUGGACGAGAAUGAAAUCGCCCAGCGGCUCUCCAAAGUCAACAAAUAUAUUUGCGAGAAGAUCAUGGACAUUAACAAGUCUUGUAAGAAUGAAGAGCGGAGAGAGGCCAAGUACAGUGUGCAAUAAACUUGUGACGCUUUGUUAAGUCUGGGUGUUUACUUUCAUGUUUCAUUUUUUUUUGCGCCAUUCUUCGGACGACGAACAGCUGCGGCCUUUCUAGAAAACUCCUCCAUUUCCGAGCGAGAACCAAAACAUACAGCUGUAUCUGCUUAAACCUUUCCGGAUCAGGUCAGACAUCUGAGAAUACUUGUUUAUACACCAACAUCAGGACUGGCGAAGCUGAUUUGCGCGUGAACUCAGCAGCUGGAGUGUUUGUCUUGUUAAGCUUUGUUUUUGCCAAAUUUGCUGCACUUCUAAUUUGUGUAACAAGUACAAAAAUGGUGGACAUGUUACGAAGCAAUAUGUCGAUACUGCUAAGCUCUUUUUCGUAAGCAUUGUUUUUUUUAAAGCCUUCCUGUCUUGCCACUUUAUCUUUUGUAAAAAGGUAAUGAUCUUGUGUCUGCGUUUACAGAUGGACGUCUCUUGCUAGAAGCGCAAGGAUGAUGUCCUGUCAGUCUGCCUCAAGUAAAGCUGUCACUAACCUGGCCAAUUCAAACCUGCCAUAUGCUUCAAAAAAAAAAGGUCCACAUAAAAGGUUUACAUUCAAUUAUAACAA